AUGCAAAAUAUUCUCAAAAAAUUCUUUAUUGUUACCGGUGUCUUCUUUCUUGUCAAUGUGUUUCUAUUAUUAAGUCUUAGACAUUUUCAUUCAUCAACAAAUAAACAUGGACCGAAUCCACCUUUGGAUAGACCGAUUAAUCCAAAAUUUCAGGUACUUAUUACUUCUGCAAUCUCACCAUCUACUCUAUUCCAAUUACCGAAAACCGAUGUCGUUCUACCUGUUGUUGUUUUUGGUUGUAAUCGACCACAUGCUCUUCAAAUACAUGUUGAAGCUCUUCUUGGAAUUCGUAAAAAUCCAGAAUUACAUCCAAUUAUAGUUAGUUUAGAUUGUCAUGAUGAUGCAACUAUUCAAGUUGCUAAAAAUUUCGGUGACAAAAUCCAAGCAAUUAUCGAAGUACAUAUUUUUUUCGUUUUCAAUCUAACAUAGUAAUGAGUAAUUGAAAAACAAUUUGACAAAAUAUUCAUUCGUUUUUCAGUCUUUUAAAAAAGCAUGUAGAAAUUUGAAAACAUUGAGUUAGAAUUUUAAUUCUGUAUUCUUUUCGAAUAUAGGAUCGAAGUUUUUCUAGGACUUUUAAUUUAAGAGUUAUGAACUGACGUUUUAGAAACGUGAAAAUUAAGUUUCGACGCUGAAAACUGACGUCUUUUACAAACAUGAUCUUCUUUAUUAGGUAAGUUAAAUUAUCGAUUUGUUUUUGCAUAGAAUUAAAGGUGAGAUUCUUCUCUACCAAGUGAUAUAAGAAUCAAGAAUUUCAGAACAAUCAUUCAGAUAUAGCUGAGAUCCUUUUACAAGUCUAUUUUCCAUAGAAAUUCAAAAAAAAUUGCUUAACGAGGGAAAGUUCCCAUCUGAUACGCAUAAUUUAUCAUUGUGUUUUGUCCGUAUGUGGGAGACAUAAUCCUAAGAAAAAUCCUCAGAUUAUUUGGGCUGAUGGGACUUCCUUCGAAGAUUAUGGCCACUUUAUUGACUUUUUCUACCUAACACAAAGUACAUAUAGAAAAAUCGAAUAAUAGAAUUUCAAUCUAAAGUAUUACUCAGAUGCAGUUCUCAUAGUCAUUACGAGACGCUAAAGGUUUUAGUGGAAAAAAAAAUGUUUUUUUUUUAGAGAUAAGAAUUCUUAAAAACUUGUCUCAUAAUUUAUAAAGUCCGGAAAUAUUUACCUUUUUUAGCGAUUCAACAUCAUGACAAGAGAGAACAUUUUUUCACUGAAACUUUGAGGAUAUUCUAAUGACCGCGAGAGCUAUAUAUGAGCAAUAAUUCAGAUUGAAAUUCUAUUGUUCUAUUUUUCUGUGUGCACCUUAUGUAAGGUGGAGAAAUCAGUAAAAUGGCCAUAACCUUCGAAGAACUUCUCAUCAGGACCAAAUGCUCUUAAGAUUUUUCGCAGAACAAUAUCUCCAGCCUAUGAACAAAAUAUCAUUGAAAAUGGCGUGAAUUAGUUGGAAACCUUUUCUCGUAAGUUAACACGCUAUCUUCUGAUACAGUUCAUACCGUUACAGGUGACUUGUCGCAAAUUAAUCGUUAGCAUAUUAAGUUAGAGAAAUAUUUGCUCUCUUAUUCGUUGUGUUUAUAAUGAUUUCCGCUUCUAUUUUUGGGUAAUUCUUAGUGCAC